AUGCGGACCGGUGACAAGGACGGGUAUUACCCGGGCGGUGGCUUUCUGGUCAUCGAUCAGCACGCAGCAGCAGAGCGGGUGGAGCUCGAGAAGCUUCAAAAGCAGGUCCUCUCCAUGUCCUUGGGAAUCGACCUGGUGCCGGUCUUCGGGCCCUCCACAUCCCUCACCUUGGCCAAGGAGGAGGCGCGGUGGCUGAGCCGGCGUGUUGUGCGCGACUACGUGGAGCGCUGGGGCUUCCGCUGGCGAGAUGAGCCCGCCUUGAACUUUGAAUGA